AUGAACAUUUGGAACUGCUUCAAAACUUGUUUCAAUGGAAUAUUUGAUAAAAAAGAAAUCCUCAAAGUUGACACUGAAACACAAGCAUAUAUUUCAAAAGAAACAUUCAAUUCUAUUGUAGUUAAUUCACAACCUUAUAAAUAUCUCUAUAGUGAAUAUAAUAAAACAAAGAAUGAACUUGAUGAUUCUCAGAACAGACUGACACAAAUGAGUUAUGUAGUAGAACAAGCACAAAAUGCAUUAGAACGAGCAAGAAUUGAAAUAACACAAGCAAACAAUGAGAGAAAUGAGGCAAAUAUAAAAAUUCAAGCAUUAUAUAGUCUAUUUCAUGAGAUUACUUCUCGUAGUAGUAGUAGUAGUUCAAGUUCUGGAUGUAAAUGCAUCAAAAAUUUCUGUACAACAGAAUCAUUUGUUAAUAUUAAAGCUUCAAGUAGUUAUUUUUCUUCGUAUUCGGGUGUUUAUACAGAUAAUGAACUUAAUUCAUAUAUAAAGGUUGAAGUGAAAAUAGGAUCGAUAACUCCAAUCAAAUAUAAAUUAGGAUCAAACGAAAUGAAGAGUUGGAUAUUACUUGGAGAAACAAAGAAUGGGGAUUGGACAGUGUUAGAUGAGCAAUCUGAUUAUACAUAUUCAUAUUACAAUGAGAAGGGAAAUAAAUUUAAAGUAGCAUCAGAUGAAAAAUUUAAGAGCAUCAAAUUAAUACAGAGAGGAAAAAUCAUAAUGGAGAUUAUAGACUGUAUUUGCGUGGUUUUGAUAUGA